AUACUUUUUCUGACUCACAUCUCUAGCGGCAGAAAAGUGCAGAAAAUUUUCUGAAAAUUCUUAAAUGCAUAGUGAGAGGUUGCUAGCAAUCAGAUCUGUGUGCAAUGGAAGCGAGUUUAGAGGAGAGUAUGGACAGUGAUCACGUCGGUUCACCGAUCAGCAAGCCAGAGGCGACAGAGUGGGAAUCACCGCCUGGAGUGGGUCUCAAUGGAAAUGGAAGUGGUAGUGGCAGUGGCAGUCAGGAGACUCCAAAUAAUGGCGUUGCUAUAGCCAAGGAAAAGCCUAAUGAGGCCCAGUGGAGCAAACCUUUUAACGCAUUCAGUGGACGUCCCAUUGGGGAGCACACAGCUCAACAGCAGGCCUUACAGCAGCAGCAGCAACAACCGUCGCAACAGCAGCAGACUCAGCAACCGCAGCAACAACAACCACCUCCUGCGGCAAAUGGGAUGAGCGGCCCCCCGGAAAUAUGGGUAGAAACAAAAGCGGAGGACGGACGCUCCUAUUAUUACCAUGCUGUAACUAGGGAAACUACCUGGACACGACCUGAAGGGCCCACUGUCAAGAUAAUGACACAGACCGAGGUGGAGGAGAUGGCCAAGCGACCUGCUCAUGCCGCCAAAACGGAAGCAAAGCCAGUCGAGACUUCCAGCGAGAUACCACCGGUGUCGUCGCAUCUCACCUCGCAACCGCCGCCACAUCUAAUGAGCCAGCCGCCACCAAAUGCAGCAGCUCCGUUGCUUUCCCAGCCACCUCCCAAUGUGCGACAGCAACCGCCUCCGAUGUUCCAGCCACCUGGUAUGCAGCCACCUCCCGGGUUUGGCCAGCCGCCGUUCUGCAUGCCCCCACCGGCUUACGGAUUUCCCGGAGGAGCCCCGCCAGGUGGAGCUCCUUGGGGUGUGGGCAUUCCGCCUUGGCAACAACAACAGCACAUGCAUGGUCAGGAUAACAAGCCAGCCAAGUCGUUGAUUAUCAAGCCGGGCGUUAUUGAUCCGGCGGUUAUUGCACGGGCAGCAGAGUGGUCAGAGCAUCGUGCACCCGAUGGCAGGCCGUAUUAUUUUCAUGCCGCUCGAGGAGAGAGUGUUUGGGAGAAGCCUCAGGCGCUGAGAGACAUGGAAGCUGCGCGAAUGGCUGCCCACUCAGGUGUGGCGCCCUCUGUGGCAACGGCUCCGUCUGGACUGCCGCCUCACCUUCUUCCCAAUCCUAUGAUGCAUAUGCCACCGGGAUCAGCACCACCAGGAUUUGAUCCGCAUGCCGCCUUUGCGGCUGCAGCUGCGGCGAUGAAAGCGAAUUCAGAGAACACCAAGGCGGCGCAGGCUGCUGCUCUGGAGAAGGAGGCUAAGAAAGCGGCGGAGGAGAAGCGAAAAAAGGAAGAGGAGCAAAAGAAGGCAGCUGCCACCGCCAAGCAGACGGACAAGAGUAGGCCGGUAACAAGUACGCCCAUCGCUGGAACGCCUUGGUGUGUGGUUUGGACAGGAGAUGCCCGCGUCUUCUUCUACAAUCCUUCGACGAGAACUUCAGUUUGGGAUCGACCUGAGGAUUUAAUGAAUCGGGAGGACGUUGACAAAGCGGUAAACGAACGCCCGGACCAACUAAAGACCCCUCAGGAGAAGUCAUUAGAAGCGGAGCAGAAAUCCAGCGAAGAAGCAGUGCAAGAACAGUCUCAAGUCCCAGUUCAGGCCCAGCAGCUAGAGCAAGUGCAACACAUAGAUGCAGAAGAUGACGAUGACGAGGUUAUUAAGAUACGCACCGAGUCUGAGUCUAGUGUGGAGGAGGUGCCCACCAAACGAGUGCGAAUGAUUUCAAAAUCAAAGCGUGCUGAAGAUGCUGCCCUAGAAGCAGAGCAGCGGGCGGCCAAGGAGAGGGCUCUGGUACCUUUGGAAAUGCGAGUUACCCAAUUCAAGGAGAUGCUCAGGGAGAAGGACGUAUCGGCAUUCAGCACCUGGGAGAAGGAGCUUCACAAGAUCGUUUUUGAUCCGCGAUAUCUGCUGCUGACGUCGAAGGAACGCAAACAGGUAUUUGAAAAGUAUGUCAAGGAUCGGGCCGAGGAGGAGCGUAAGGAAAAGCGGAAUAAGAUGCGCCAGAAGCGGGACGACUUCCGCAGCCUAAUGGAAGAAGCCAGGCUGCAUGGCAAGUCCUCGUUCUCGGAGUUUAGCCAGAAGAACGCGAAGGAAGAGAGGUACCGAGCUAUCGAGAAGGUUCGCGAGCGUGAAAGUCUUUUUAACGAGUACAUUGUGGAGGUGCGGCGACGGGAAAAGGAGGACAAGAUGCAGAAGAAAGAGCAGAUCCGCAAAGACUUUUUGGAUAUGCUGCGAGAACGACACGACAUCGAGCGCCACACCAGGUGGUACGAUAUCAAGAAGAAGUUUGAGUCGGACUCCCGCUACCGGAUAGUGGACUCCGUAUACCGGGAGGAGUACUUCGAGGAUUACCUGCACAUCAUGAAGGAGGAAAAGCGAAAGGAGCGUGAGAUGCGCGAGCAGAGGGAACGAGAGCGGCACCGGGAACGCAAAUCGGAUAGGAGGGACAGAGAGAAAGACAAGGAAAAGGAUAAGGAUAAGAGUCGGAAAGAUAGAGGUCGCAGUCGUUCGAAAGACAAGGACCGCGAGUCAAAAUCUUCCAAAGAUAAGGAAAAAAACAAGGAGGAAAAGGUCAAGUCGGGAAAGAUCAAGAAACAAGAUACUCCUGAGGAAGGCGAGCAUAAUGAGGAAUCCGAAAGGGAAGAGCGGGCAGGCAGCGAGGACAGCGAGGUGGCCCGCCAACGGGAGAGCGAGGCUGAGCAAAAGCAAAAGGAGCGCGAGAAGAAGUUGAGAGCAGAGCAGAGCAUUCGGGAGCGAGAAAAGGAGGUGCAGCGGACCCUGGCAGGGCAUCUGAGGGAUCGGGACAAGGAACGUGAGCAUCACAUGCGUGAGGAGUGCAUCGGCCACUUCACAGCUCUACUGACAGAUCUGGUUCGGACGCCGGACUUUACAUGGAAGGAGGUAAAGCGACAGUUGCGAAAGGACCAUCGCUGGGAACUGAUCGAGACUCUUGACCGAGAAGAUCGCGAGAGAAAAUUCAAUGAACAUAUUGAUAAUCUGAUGAAGAAAAAGCGAGAGCGAUUCCGGGAAAUGCUGGACGAGAUUGGCACUCUACAGCUAACCAGCACUUGGAAAGAGAUUAAGAAACUUAUCAAAGAGGAUCCCCGAUAUCUGAAAUACAAUUCAGACAAGGGAGAACGCGAGUUUCGCGACUACAUCAAGGACAAAACUAUGACAGCGAAGACUUCACUCCGGGAACUCUUGCAAGAAUGCAAAUUCAUAACUCACAAGAGCAGCGAUCUCAUAAAGGAAAAUCCCAAUCAUCUCAAGGAGAUCCAGGACAUACUGAAGAACGACAAGCGCUAUUUGGUGCUGGAUCAUAUGGAGGAAGAGAGGAACACAAUUGUACAUAGCUUCUUGGAGGAGCUAAACAAACGCGGCCCGCCGCCACCACCCACAGCUUCUGAGUCAACACGCCGCAACAAGUAGUGGCAAUAUAUGAACAACUAUUCAAUUUAAUCAUAAAAAUUAAAUUAUACUAAGCCGGAGUUCUUUAACUUCUAAUAAUUCAAUUGAAUAAAAUACACAAAUUAAUGCAAUGAAACAACA